AUGGACGAUACUCUGGGUUUUAAUGAACAGGAAAAAAAGUCAGACGACUGGAUAUUUGGUGACACAGAGGAUAGCGCAAUAUCUGUAUCGUCAACAUCGCGGAUUUUUCAGCAGAACCAUGAUUUGCAGGUUAUAUCGAAGAAAGAAAUCCAGUCAGAUCGGCCCACGGUUCAUGCGACGAAAUGGGAAUUACUCGCAUACUACAGAGGAUACGCGACUGGACCCACAAAGACGCAGUUCUUGUGUAUGCAACAGGAGAAUUUUAAAACGUACCUCUGGUUCUAUCUGUCCAACGUGUUUUGUAAAACAUUGACCAGUACGUACGUCUAUGUUUUCCUCAGUGUGUAUGCUCCGGAUAGUCACUUCUUCAUUUCCAAGAUGCUGCCUAUAGCUUACGUCUACUUUGAGUCGGGUUUCAAACGUUAUCCAUCAUAUGGAGGCGAACUUAUUGACUUAUUGCAGGUAACCGAUAUAGAUUUAUUAUCUGAAUCUACAACGGCGCCACCUGUAAUCCACGUUCUAUCAUCAAGAUCCAUUAGAGAGAUCAAACCAAUACAAGACAGUUCUAUUAUUGUAACAUCAAAUGUGAUUUUCAAUAUAUUCAGAGGAUUUGUGUCCUAUCUUAUGAAGAUGUACUGUGAUAACAUGGUUAAGGCGUCAUUACAAGAAAGUGUUUAUAGUCCAUUCAGUCUUUUUUAUCUGUGGCCAAUAUAUUUCUCUCAGUUCUAUUUGGGUGAUCUUUUCGGAAUUUUGUUCUUUGGACUCAAUUUCGUAAACGAAUAUUUGAUUAUCGUCAUAACAAUGCAGUGUUUAAUAGAAGCUAUUUUAAACGAAUGGCGAUCCUUGAAGCCAUAUAUGGUCAUAAGCUUUUUAAUUCUCGUCGGAAUUAUUGUGUUCAUGUUCAUUUAUCGGGCGUUGCUUUCCUACCUGUGUUUCUUCUGCAUUGCCGUAGCGACUCUGAUUGAGGUUUUGAUCAUAUUCUACAUGUACCCAAUGGGCAGGCUUGUGGAUGAUUUAACAUUUUUCUCAGGCAUCCGUCCAACCAAGUUGCGAGUUAUAACCUUUUGGAUUACUCCUGUAUUUUAUACGAUAAAGAUCUAUAUCAUGAUGAAGGGAUACUUUCGAGUUAUGAACCGGACUCGUCUUGAUAAUGAAUAUCCGUUUAUUUACCACCUGAUUUAUUUUUUAGCGACACCAAUGGUUUUGGGAGCUUUGUAUGCGAUUUAUAAAUAUGUGUUUAAAUUUAAAAUGGGUUUUUCACAAUUGUUUAAGCCGCUACCAAGCUGGGGUCCGAGGGAUUUUCUUGCGAGGCGACUGAGGAAACAAUAUGAUUCGCGUGUUUAUAUCGGAUCGCGAGCGCCGCGUGAACUGAGUCGAUACCUCUUCGAGAAAGCCGAUCUGAACGCAUACAAGUUGGACAUACGGUACGACGCGACAUCGCGUCGCUCCACUCAGCGUGGGGAAGUAUAUUUCGAACGUGAAAAGGAUCUUUGA